UGCCUCUGCAGUGUGGCGUCUCCUGUAGGGAACACCCACGUGAUCUCUCACACUCAUAUUUCCCGUUUUUAGGACGACUUGCAACAUGGUUACCAUGAAGGUGAUCUUGUGUUUAGCAGCCGCUUGUCUGACUGCACAAAAUUGGUUGGUUUCUAGUGAAGGCAAUGUAACAGCAAUGAACACAACCACUACUGGCCCAACAUUGAAGUUAAUGGACAUUUUUAAAAGAAUUCACUUGAAGCUAGAAAGUAUCUUCAACAGAUCUGAAAAUGCAGGUUUAGUAAAAGAACAUGCACCCUUGAAACCUGAUAAAGUUGUAGAACCAGAAGAGAAGUGCUCCGUAAAACCUGAAGUCAAAGUCUUCAAACCGGAUAAAACGGUCCCUUCAAAGCCAGAUGAAAAAGUCCCCUCAAAAUCAGAUGAAAAGGUCCCAUCAAACCCGGAUGAAAAGGUCUCAAGACCGGAUGAAAAGGUCCCAUCAAACCCGGAUGAAAAGGUACCAUCAAACCCGGAUGAAAAGGUCUCAAAACCGGCUGAAAAGGCUCCAUCAGACCCGAUUGAAAAAGGCUCCUUAAAGCCUGAUGAUAAAUCACCGUUAGAAACAGAUGAAAAAACCAUUUUGAAAGAUGAUGGAAAAUUUGCCUUGGUACGUAAUGAAAGAGUCCCUUUGGAUCAUUUUGACUCUGUAAAUGAUGAAGGAUAUCCUAAAUGGUUGGAUAAGGACAUCCUUGGUUGUAAGAACAAAAGAGACGAAUCAGGCUUCUUUGAUUAUAGCAAUGAUGGUGAUUAUUCCCCAGUAACCUUAGAUGAUAACUCUGCUUUUGGUGAUAGUGACACAUUCCCUAAGAAUAAAGAUAUGGAAACAUUCUUCAAAGAUUAUUUGAAUGAUUUAAGGGAUUCUGUUUCAUCGGGAAUUUUGAGUGAUGAGAGCGAUUCUACUUCAACAGGAAUUUUGAAUGAAGAGAGCGAUUCUUCAACGGGAAUUUUGAAUGAAGAGAGCGAUUCUUCAACAGGAAUUUUGAAUGAAGAGAGCGAUUCUUCAACGGGAAUUUUGAAUGAAGAGAGCGAUUCUUCAACAGGAAUUUUGAAUGAAGAAAGCGAUUCUUCAACAGGAAUUUUGAAUGAAGAGAGCGAUUCUUCAACGGGAAUUUUGAAUGAAGAAAGCGAUUCUUCAACAGGAAUUUUGAAUGAAGAGAGCGAUUCUGCAACAGGAAUUUUGAAUGAUGAGAGUGAUUCUACAACAGGAAUUUUAAAUGAGGAAAGUGAUUUUACAACAGGAAUUUUGAAUGAGGAAAGUGAUUCCACUUCAGAUGUAAUUUUGAACGAGAAUUAUUUUGAGAGUGAAGAGGACAGCGAAUCUCUGAAUGAGACUGAAUAUGAGACGUCUGAGCUUGAGAGCGUUAGUAGUAAUAAGACUUCACCUAUCCUCCCUGAUAAGAAUACUUUUACUUCCUCAAAUGUCACUAUGAUUCUCCCUAAAAAUGACACAGUUAGCAACAUAACUGAGCGAAACAAGAAUGCCUCAUCCUUGGUAAGUAGUGUGAAUCCCUCAUCUAUUGCAAACACCACAACACAAAACAAGAAUGCCUCAUCUUUUGCAAACACCACAAUACAAAACAAGAAUGCCUCAUCUUUUGCAAAUACCACAACGCAAAACAAGAAUGCCUCAUCUUUUGCAAAUACCACAACGCAAAACAAGAAUGCCUCACCUUUUGCAAAUAUCACAGCACAGAACAAGAAGGCCUCAUCUUUUGCAAAUGCCACAACACAAAACAAAAAUACCACAUCUUUUGCAAAUGCUACAACGCAAAACAAAAAUGCCUUAUCUUCUGCAAAUGCCACAUCACAAAACAAGAAUACCUCAUCCUUGUCAAGUAGUGUGAAUGCCUCAUCUUUAGUUAGUGCAAAUGUUAGUAAGAAAGCCAGCCCAUCCUCAGUUAGUGGUAAGAACAAUACAUCUGUUAAUGGGAGCAUGGAUAAAAAUGUACCACAUAGUUCGGGCAGUGGCAAGAGAAAUGACACUUCACCUUUGGCUGAUAGUACAAGUGGUGGGGCUGAGGAGGAUUCUGCUAUUGUCUACAGUGAUGUUGAUGAAUACGAAAGUGUUUUUAGUGAUGAUGACUGAAACUAUUUACAUUGAUAAUAAAGAUGAUCAUAGAAAUUAUGAUAGUGUCAGUUGAGAAUGACGGGUACAAAUCUUCUAAAGUGGGAAUGAAGAUUGAUUGCAUUAAUUUUCGGUGGCAUGAAACUUGGUUAUAACAGGAUGUAUUUUGAGUAGUGUUUUAUAUCAUAUUAAACAGUACUGUUUGUUAUUUUGCAGUGAGGUAAAAUAUAUGUAUUUUUCUUUAGCAGUAUUUUUCUUUAAUAAUGUUUUGAAUCAUGCUAAACAGUUUAUGCAGUAUUAUUUACAAACUGAUAUUUCGUUAUGAGGUAAAAUUAAUAUUUUUCUUUCUUAAAAUGUUUUUUUUCUAUCAAAAGAUAAUAAACUGUAUAUAAAUUA